CGAGAGCUUCAAUCAACCAGGAGUUUUGUGAGGCUAUGCUCGGUUGGAUGGAGGAAGAAGGUCUCUCACUCUCUCUUUCUCUCUCUCUCUCUCUCUCUCUCUAUCUAUCUCUCUCUCUCUCUCUCUCUCUCUCUCUCUCUCUCUCUCUAGGAAUGAGAAGGAUCGAGAGGCUUAGCAAGGGUCGACGGGAUCAUGGCUUGGAUGUCGAGGGAUUCGACUACAGGUGAAGUCAUCGAUGAGAGUGGGGCUUGCGAAUUGAGUGGGGGAGAGAAAGAGUUGUCGUGGGAAAGCUGAGAGCAGCGAGUGAGCAGUUCGUGUGGAGAAGGAAAGAGCUAUUGAAAGCUUCAUUUGGUCAGGUAAUUAACAAUGCAAGUGGAGCUACGGAUCGCAGGAUUUGAGCAGGAUACCCGAGAAUGAGACACAAACGGCACUGCUACGCAGUGUCUCGGUGUAACUUCGGCAAGAUUUGCGGGAUUUAGAAUUUCCCGAGGCAAGACUCCCCACUAGAAAAUAAAUGUGAUAUUUCCAACCACUGUGGCGCCUACCGAUACAAGUCAACGAUUGAGCAGAUGAAUUUAUUAGAAAAACGGGAAACGAAAGAAAGAACACAGAAGCCGCGCUUUCCCUCACGUGGUACGAGUAGUCGGCGAGUCCAUUCCUCCAAGGUGGCGGGAUAAGGUAACAUUACCGCAUUGUUCACGUCCUUUGCCGCUUUUAAAAGCUCUGAUUUUCUCCUAGUGAUCUUGGAGAGCAGGCUCGCUUAGCAGAUAAUUCUUAGUCUCUAAGCAGUUUACUUCACCAUGGGAGAUGAUGUAGUGUUGAACAUAGAAACGCUUGGAUCUGAACCCAUGGAGAAGAAUGGAGAACCAUUGGAAGAAGUGCACGAAGAAGAGAACCAGAAGAAAAAACAGUUCCACAGCUUGGAUUCCCUCGAUAAGGAAGCCAACAAGAUCUCUAGUUUACACAGUGCUUCUAAAGUUGUAUCCAUAGCCACCGUUCUACAACUUGCUUUUCAGAGCAUUGGAGUUGUGUACGGGGACAUCGGCACCUCGCCUCUUUAUGUGUUCUCAAGCACAUUCUCGAACAGAGUUCCCAGCAAGAACGACGUCGUUGGCGCUCUGUCUCUCAUAAUCUACACUCUUACUCUCUUCCCGCUCAUCAAAUAUGUUUUCAUUGUCCUCUUGGCAAAUGACAAUGGAGAUGGGGGAACGUUUGCUCUGUACUCACUGAUAUGCAGGAAUUCCAAGGUCAGUGCGAUUCCAAAUGAGAGACAAGAAGAGAUGGAGCUAUCUGCCUAUAAACUAAAAAUUCCAAACAAGAAUUUGAAGCGGGCUCAAAGAAUAAAGGAGGCUUUGGAAAGUAGCUAUUGUGCUAAGACUGGUCUGCUCUCCAUGGCACUUCUUGGUACAUGUAUGGUUAUUGGAGAUGGGAUCUUAACUCCCUGCAUUUCAGUUCUAUCCGCGGUGGAUGGAGUAAGGAAAUUUGAUACUGGGAUGAGUAAAGAUGUUGUAGCUAUGAUCUCAAUUUUCAUAUUAGUAAUGCUCUUCUCGAUCCAAAGGUUUGGCACAGAUAAAGUCGGUUACACUUUUGCUCCUUCUAUCCUUGUGUGGUUCAUGUUAAUAGGUAGCAUUGGUAUCUUCAAUAUUCUCCGCCAUGAUAGUACUGUUCUCAAAGCCUUUAACCCCAUCUACAUCAUUUCAUACUUCAAGAGAGAUCCAAAAGCAGCAUGGAUCUCACUUGGCGGUGUUGUUCUCUGCAUGACGGGAACUGAAGCUAUGUUUGCUGAUCUAGGGCAUUUCUCAGUGAGAUCAAUUCAGAUCGCUUUCUCAGGAAUAGUUUAUCCAUGUUUGAUAUGUGCUUAUGUUGGACAAGCUGCUUACUUGUCUAUAUUCCCCGAAAAUAUCACCGAUGCCUUCUACAAAUCAAUUCCAGAGUCUGUUUACUGGCCAAUGUUUGUUGCUGCUGUCAUGGCAUCAAUCAUUGCUAGCCAAGCAAUGAUUUCUGCAACUUUUGCUAUCAUAAAGCAGUCAAUGGCGUUAGGCUGCUUUCCAAGAGUUAGAAUCAUUCACACAUCGCACAAACAUGAAGGCCAGGUUUAUAUCCCUGAGAUUAACUUUCUACUCAUGUUGGCCUGUGUUUUGGUCACUGCAUCCUUCAAGGAAACCACCAAUAUUGGAAAUGCGUAUGGUAUUGCUGUGGUUGGAGUGAUGUUAGUCACCUCUUCACUGUUAGUUCUGAUAAUGUUAAUGGUCUGGCAGACAAGCCUACCACUAGUUGCACUCUUUGUGCUAAGCUUCGGCUCCUUUGAGCUGGUCUACUUUUCUUCCGUGCUGUACAAGUUCACAAGUGGAGGCUACCUUCCUCUUACUUUUGCUUCCGUUCUAUACUUUGUAAUGUAUGUAUGGAAUUAUGUGCAGACAAAGCGUCAUAACUUUGAAGUAGAGCAAAAGGUCUCAACAGAAUACUUAAACAGCCUUGGUUCUAACCUUGGCAUCUCAAGGGUCCCAGGACUUGGCCUCCUGUAUACUGAGCUCACUCAUGGAAUCCCUGCUAUAUUUCCUCAUUUUCUCACAAACUUGCCAGCAAUCCACUCUGUUCUUGUCUUUGUCUCUGUUAAGUACUUGCCAGUUAACACAGUGCCGGCCGAGGAGCGGUUUCUGCUGCAAAGAGUUGGACCUAAAGACUACAAGAUGUAUAGGUGCAUUGCAAGAUAUGGUUAUAGAGACAGGAGAAUUGGGAAUGAAGAAUUUGAGCUUUUGUUAAUGGAGAACCUUAAGAACUUCAUAAGGAAUGAGAGCUGGGAGGAAGGGGACUCUAGUGUGGAAGGGGAGGAGAUUAGGUUCUUAGAGAAAUCAAGAGAAGCUGGAGUGGUUUACUUGCUGGGUCACAGUGAGGUUAGGGCCAGUGAGAAUUCUUCUUUGCUCAAGAGAGUGAUUGUCAAUUAUGUUUACGAUUUCUUGAGGAGGAACUGCAGGCAGGGUUUUGUUGAUCUGCAGAUACCUAACAAGAAUCUUCUGCAAGUUGGAAUGAACUAUAGUGUAUGAGGGCAUUGAUGAUGCUAUAGCAGAACUAUCUACUUGUUUCAGAUUAUGUUCAUCAGAGAAAAGGGCUAGCUUAGUUCAAAGUUUGACAUUGUUAGAGAAGAUAAUACUGCCUAAUGUUACAUACAAAUAAGCUGAUAAUUCCACUGCUGGUAUUUAAUGUUAGCAAUGUAUUUAGUGUUGAAAUCUAAUAAAGCAUGGUGCACAUCUGUAACUUGGCAUCAAAAGCUCCUAGAUCGUGUCCAUAACCUCUACACUUUUCUUCUUAAUGUCUUAGUUUCUCUCUCUUUAUUUUGCA